CAAAAAUCAUCAAAAAUCUUUAUUACUUCGCCGCUGGAACCAUGAUGUGCAGUCCUUCCAGUUGUGCCAGCCCGAGCGUGAACUUAAGCGCGGAAUCUAGCCCAUCGCUCAGAGAUGCCUUUAAGGAGUUCCCAAAGCCGCGGCACAAAAGGGGCAAUUGCUGCAAGUCUUAUGGCUCCAAGGCAAGAGGCCACAACAAGGACAUGAAAGACUUCCUGAUUUGCACGUCCAUCAACCCCUGGAAGCUGCAGAAUGAGAUUGAGAAGCGGAGGAUGCUCGAGGAGCUCAUGAACGAUCCGGUCACGGUCCCAACUGAACCAAAGCCAGGAAAGUCGCAGAAUCUGCGAGAAAUCGUGAGCCUUUGAGCCAUCUGAUGCCGUGUGUUCCGAAAGCAUAUCUAGAUCCUCUAAGUCCUAAGUUGCCA